GCGCCGCGGCCGUUGGCGGCUGGCGGGGUUAUGGCGCUGCUGGUGCGGGACCCGCUGGCGCCGCGCGCGCGGCCGCUGCCGCUGCCCUUCGGCGGCGGCUCCGUGCGCAGCCUCCUCCGCGCCCGCGCUCGGGCCCUGAAUAUUCCUGAAGAAAGUUUGUAUGUGAAAUGUAAUGGGCGACUGGUUAACGGUGAAGAUGCACUGCAGAAUGGAGCUGUUUAUAGCCUGGAACCAAGACUUUGUGGUGGAAAAGGAGGUUUUGGAUCUAUGCUGCGGGCACUUGGUGCUCAGAUUGAAAAGACAACAAAUAGAGAGGCUUGCCGAGAUCUCAGUGGAAGGAGACUUCGAGAUGUCAAUCAUGAAAAAGCGAUGGCUGAAUGGGUGAAGCAGCAAGCAGAAAGGGAAGCAGAAAAAGAACAGAGGCGCUUGGAAAGGCUGCAGCGGAAACUGGCAGAGCCAAAGCACUUUUUCACAAAUCCGGACUAUCAGCAGCAGUGUCAUGAGAUGGCUGAACGGCUAGAAGAUUCAGUCCUUAAAGGAUUGCAGGCCACUUCCAGCAAAGUAGUGUCACCGGGAACCAGCGAUAGUCGGAAACGUCCAAAUGAAUCUGAAAAUAAUGGAGCAAAAUCUGGAAAAAGAAAAUGUUUUUGGCUGGGACUGGAAGGAUUGGAUGAUCCUGACAGUUCAGAAAGUGAUGAUGACAGUGAAGAUUCUGCUCAUGCAUCUGGAGGAAGUUGUCCAUCAAGCAGCAGGUAUAAUGAAAAUGCUGAAAAUUCAAAUGAGUGUUGCAGUAGUUCUGUGGAUUCAGUAGAGCAUAGUUCAGCUACCAGUGCUGCAAAAUCACUGGAGCAUCUGGAAGGUACUGGAAGAAAUCUGCAAGGGGAGACACUCACAGAGGUGCAAACUGAAAUUCCAAGUGAUGAGAACAGCGAAAUGGCAAAGACACUGAAGGAAGAUGUCCAGGAAAAGAAUGAAGUUACCAAAGCUCUGGAAGAAGGGGAGGAAGAAAACAUUUCUUCUAAGGCACAGGAAACAAACCAGUUGCAGAGCACGGAGGUGGAACCGAUAAAUCUACUGGCAUUCAACUCUGCUGCUGAAAUGGAAGUGCUGGGAUUAGAUAAACUGAAGUUGAAACUAAUGGCUUUAGGACUAAAAUGUGGAGGCACUUUACAGGAAAGAGCAGCAAGACUUUUUUCAGUGAGAGGUCUAUCUAGAGACCAGAUUGAUCCUGCCUUAUUUGCAAAGCCCUCUAAAGGGAAAAAAAAGUGAAAUUUAAAAUUACUGUUUCUUGGGUGCUUUCAGAUUUUCUUUAUUCCACUGUCAUUCUGUACUGCUGCCUAGAAUUCUUCAGCAUCUCUAGAUAGUUUCUGGUUUCUAUUCUUAAUGGAUUUUGAUUAAUGUAAAGCAGAGUAAGUUGUUAGAUAAUUAUGUGUUCGGUAUUACAGGAGUGAAGCCAUUAUCUUUUGAUACGCUCUACAAAUGGUUAUAACAAGUCUUAAUGUAAGAAGUAGAACAAACUCUGUAAAUGGAAAAUCAAUGUAUGACACUGUCAUCACCUACUUUAAGAAAAAUAGCAGUUCUUUCUUAGCUUUAUAUUGAAUAUCCUUUAAUGCGUAUUGCAGUUAGCACAGUUGAAACUGUCAAAUGACAAACAUUGAACACAAAGAAAACAUCUUUAUAUGAACAAGGUUAGUGUAAAUAAAUGCACUGUUUUAUGAAUUUUGCAAGAUGUCAGACACAAGUAGGACAAUUAUUAAUUGGUGUAUUUCUUUUAUAGGAAGUUAAUUAAAGGAAUUUGCUUACUUUGCUCUUGAAAAGUACCUGAGGGAAGAAAGUCAUGUCCUUAAGAAACUGAAAGUUAACUAAAGUUAUAAGAUUAGAAAAAAAUAAUUUCAACUGGUUACUGAAGUUAGUAAGAUGUAGAAUGAUCAUCUGAAGGGGUCAAGGGAAGUUUAUUGUUUUUUUGUUUGUUUGUUUUGUUUUUUAACAAUGGUAAAAGCAAUGGAAUAGUCUCCAAAAGACUUGAAUAUCUGCUCUGGUGAUGCUUUGGCCUGGCACAGCAUCUGUAGCCUCAGUGCCAGUGUUGUCCCAUGUUGUCCCAGUGUUGUCCCAGAGUUAUCCUGUAAGGUGAUAAGGGCUGUGCUGGAAGGGUAGCACACUCGCAUGACUCUGGAUGCAGCCUCCACCUGUCUUAAGAGGCUUUUUAAUAAUGUUUAACUCAAUAUCUCAGAUUUCAGAUUUUACCACCAUGUACUGAAGAGUGUUAUGUGAUCUGCUUAUCUAAUUUUCUUGGAUAAACACUUGAAAAAUUAAAAAUUACUUCUGUCCUGUCCUGACAUCCUACCAGCAAUUUGUCUGUAGUAAAAUGUGGCUUAAAAAGUAAAGCUUUUGGGAUUGCAA